ACACGAGCACUCACCUAGAACCAACUGUACCUUUUAUUCAUUCGCUAAAUUUACUUUCUCCUGGUGAGAUGUUUCAAAGCAUAAACUUUUUUGGAGUCGCUUUUGCCCGUUUCAAUCACCAACGACAAAGAAUGGCGCCCACACCAAAAGCCGGGACAGGUAGCCCGGCACAGAACAAGCGCUCUCAGACCUCACAGUCAUUCCAUGGACGUGGAAAUGUCAGUCCCAACUACACACCUCGGCAAACGCGGUCCCGGGCGCUCCAACCCGGUGCCGCUCCCUUGAUGGCCCUGGACCAGAGCGGCCGACCCACGACUCAGUCCCCGUCAAGGCGGAUACCAUGCCCUGCUACACGGAGCAUCAUCCGAAGACGAAGAGCGACCGCCGGUCCUGCAGUAAAUAAUGCCGCCGUCCAGGCUGCGAUUCAGGCACGAGUUGAAACCCCGGCCGAGGAGUGUAAAGCCGACUGCAUUGAGGUGGCACUGCCGUCCAACGGUCCGGUUUCUUCUUCCGGGCCCAUCUCAGAUUCUGUUCCCUUUGUAAAGAAGGAGGAGGAGGAUACACUGAGCCUAGAGCAAAUACCUAGGUUCCCCAACCCCAACCCAGUCCAUGCCGGUUAUGUUGACUACAACCAUAGGGCUAUGAUUGUCCCGCCCAACAGUCCGACGCCGCACCUCGACAACGACAAGCCAGUGUUUGACGCGAACUUUACUUUUGGGCAUAGGAGUCGGCCUGCUAAUGGAUCGCAGUUGCCUCCUCCGAGGCUCCAGACCCAGGGAUGCCUGCCAAAGGUUGAAGAGCUCCUUGACGGGGUAAGCCCGAAGACCGUGACGGCACAGCCAAACGCCCCAGUAUCGGAGGCUGGUCCCCAGCCAAGCAGCUUUGCGGACACGCAGAGCGCUGUCAAUGACGGUGGCUCCGAACGGAAAAGGAAGUUCAGCAGCAGCAGUGAGAAUUAUCAUGCUCCUAGCCCCAAACGGGUGAAGCGCAGCAGCAGUUCCUUGUCUGCGGAGGAGAGCCGUCGCGUUAAAGAGGAGUCAGCUAAUGAUGGCAGUAGCGUCCCGCAGCGUCGAUCCUCAUCCGUCGUUCCCGUCCACGGUAGUAUAAGCAGCGCUCCCGAACUCUCGUCGGCGUCUGGACCAAACCAGAUCAGAAUUCCCGGCUUCAUAUUCUACCCAAACGUCAAUAUCAAUGCGGGGCAAAACGUGGUGUACAUAACGGGGACUAAUAGCGAGGGAUACGAUGCCGAUGACGAGUUGAGCGUUAGAGGGUCGGACGGGCACAAAAGCGAGGGCAACGGCUCUGAUACUGAUACUUCGGACAAGAUUCACACUUCAUCAGCCGCCUCUGCUCCCCAUACCACAGUGGAAGGGAAUAACCCCAACUCAGAGGGUAGUACUGGUUUACCAGAUGGUUUCUCGACUCCGGACAGCUCUGCAAACCUUAAUAAUUUUAUCGAGCCAAAUAACAUGCCGAAAGAUGUAGACCGCUGGUCACGCGGUCCAAUUUACCAUGACCCGGAGGCGGGGUCCACCGACAGCUCGGAGGGUAGUGUCGGUAUACCAGACGGUUUCUCGACUUCGGACAGCGAUGCGGACCUUGAACAUAUUUUUCGGUGGUCGGAUAGGCCGGAGGAUGACUCGGAGGCGGGGUCUACCGGCAGCUCCGAGUAUGACUCGGAGACAGGGUCUACCGGCAGCUCCGAGGAUGACUCGGAGACAGGGUCUACCCACACCUCGGAGGGUAGUUUUGGUAUACCAGAUGGUUUCUCAACCCCAGACAGCGAUGCGGAUCUUGAAGAACAUUUUCGUUGGCCGGAUAGCCCGGAGGACGACCCGAGUGCUGAUUUGUGUCUGCGCGAUGGUACCCCCGCAAACGGUUCGACAUACUAUGACGCUUCGACCGAUGAGAAGACGGGGCAUUUCCCGGGAACUCUUUGGGAUGUGAAUGCUCCCACUAUGUUCGGUUGGAACGGAGCCACGGGUUCCAGCUUUUACAGCGCUCCCGGCUAUUCCAACUAUUCCAACUAUUCCAACCAAAUCCCCACACUGUUCCCUCCCACUCAGGCUCUCGGCAUUCCGAACUCUCUGGAUAAUGACAUCCCGAGCCCUCCCGAUGUUGAGAUGACGGACUUUCCCUAUGACAGCGAUAUCGAUAUGCCGGACGCCCCCAGCACUUAUUACUAACCGGAUAACAUCAUGCGGUCACCUCCCGGUUAUCCGCUCGGGGUCGUCUUGUAGCUCUGACGGCUUGCAGCCGCUAGUCAUGGGAGCUGGAGAGAUAGCUCGAGCAGGCAGACUGACCUGCUUGAGCAGUCGUGGUGAGUAAGAAUGACGCCCAGGUAAGUUUGAUUGAUUGUCGGAGAAUCUUGUGAUGGCGUGUAUUGGCGUGGAAGAGAUA